AUGUUUCUAAAUCUUGCCUUCCCGUUUCUACUUGCUACCGUAGCCAGCGGACGUGUGGUAUUUGGUGGUGAGGACUCGCACCAUUUCUACUGGAGCGCAUCCGGGAGCAGCCGCGUCUCGAUCGUCAACGGGGAGUGUAGGGUACAGGACGGUUUCGUCCACGACGGUUCCACGAAGCGCCCAUUGACGCUGGAGGACAAGGCAGCGCUCAACGAGUACUUCUUGGCGAUGGUGAAGUGGCAGCAGAGUUCUAGUGGAAUGUUCGGACAGAUGCAGAGGAUGUUCUCCCAUCAGCAGAAGCUGUUCGCCCGGAUGAUGACCGGGUUUUACGGGGAAAGUAUGCCAACGAUGCGCAUGAAGGCGAUGCCGGAAAUGCCCUGUCUCUGCCGGAAUUCAGGAUGCUCGAGGUUGGACGGCAGUAUGCGCGGUGUUUUUGUCCCCUUCCCGGAAGCUCUUCCCUCGGCGCAACGUAGCAUCGGAAAGCACUCCAUGCGCGCGAAGCGCUACACGAUUUUCCACAGCAACUCGAAUGCGGCUGCAUUCAGCGGAAGCGGUACGGUAACGAUGGGCGAGCGCCACGCUGGCACACGGCUUGUCGGCUUC